CAACGGCACCCUGGGGUCCCCCGAGGCCACCCUGGGGUCCCCCGAGGCCACCCUGGGGUCCUGCUGGCGCUUGGUGGGCGCCAACGGCAGCACCGAGCCCUGCCGGGACGGCUGGGACUACGAUCUAGCGUCUACGUGGCCACCAUCGUCACCGAGUGGGACCUGGUGUGUGGCUACCGGCAGCUGCGGCAGAUGGCCCAGUCCAUCUACAUGGCCGGGGUCCUGGUGGGCGCCCUGGUCCUGGGGGGCCUCUCGGACAGGUUCGGGCGCAAGGCGCUGCUGCUGUGGUCGUACCUGCAGCUGGGGGUGAUGGGGACCUGCACGGCCUUCGCCCCCAACUUCGCCUCCUACUGCGCCUUCCGCUUCGCGGCGGGGAUGGCCCUGUCCGGCUUCGGCCUCAGCAUCGCCUGCCUCGUGGUGGAGUGGAUCCCCACGCCCCACCGCGCCAUCACCGUGGCCAUCACCGGCUUCGCCUACACCCUGGGCCAGAUCAUCCUGGCCGGGGUGGCCUUCGCCGUCCCCCACUGGCGCUGGCUCCAGCUCGCCGUGUCCCUGCCCUUCUUCGGCUUCCUGCUCUACUCCUGGUGGCUGGCGGAGUCGGCGCGGUGGCUCGUGCUGUCGGGCAGGGCCGAGCGCGCCGUGCGGGUUCUGCGGCGCGUGGCCACCAUCAACGGCCGGCAGGAGGAGGGGGAGAAGAUCACGGUGGAGAUCCUGAGGUCCAACAUGAAGGAGGAGCUGGCGGCUCUCAAGGCCUCCUACACCGUGUCCGACCUGGUCCGGACCCCGGUGAUCCGGCACAUCUUCCUCUGCCUCUCCGUCGUCUGGUUCUCCAUCAGCUUCUCCUACUACGGGCUGGCCAUGGACCUGCAGAACUUUGGGGUCAGCAUUUACCUCAUCCAGGUGAUUUUCGGCGCCGUCGACUUCCCGGCCAAGGUGGUGGUGACCAUCUCGCUGAGCUACGUGGGCCGGCGGCUGUCGCUGGUGGUGGCCCUGUUCCUGGCAGGGAUGGUCAUUGUGGCCAACAUCUUCGUCCCCACAGGGCUGCAGACGCUGCGCACGGCUCUGGCCGUCAUCGGCAAGGGCUGCCUCUCCGCGUCCUUCAACUGCGUCUUCCUCUACACCACCGAGCUCUACCCGACCCCCAUCAGGCAGACGGGGCUGGGUUUUGGCAGCACCAUGGCGCGGGUGGGGGGCAUCGUGGCGCCGCUGGUGAAGAUGAUGGACGAGUAUUACCCCUUCCUGCCCCCCGCCGUCUACGGCGUGGCCCCCGUGGUGGCCGCCGUGGCCGCCGCCUUCCUGCCCGAGACCCUCAACGCGCCCCUGCCCGACACCAUCGAGGAGGUGGAGACAAGGGCCAAGCGGAAGGCGGGGGGGGGUGACCCCACGGAGAAGAUCGCCCUCCAGCCCCAGGACACGACCCCCCAGAAGGAGGCCUGAGGGACCCCUGACCAGCACCCCCCUCCCCACCCUGGGGGUCCCCAAAGCUCAGCGGGGUCGGUGGGGGGGACUCGACCACGGUUUUGGGGACCCCCCCCAACCCCCCGUGGGGAGGGGACGUCGGGGGAGGAAUAAAGAGCUCUGGAGGGGACA